AUGGGGGUGGGGGAGGCAGAGUGCUGCCACUUCCAGGGCUCCUAUGCUUAUCUGCCUGUUGGUGAUGUGAAGCCAGUAGCCUGGGAUUGGCAAUCAAAACCAGAACUGUGGGCUCAGGCCAUUCGUCAUGAGCUCAAUGCCCAGCUGCAGCAUCCCCUGGAAGCAGGCCAGUCCCAUGCAGUGGAGCUCCUUCUAGCUGAACUUCAGGUUCUUCUGGCUGCUGUGCUCCAGGAUGGCAGUCCUGUGGCUUGGUACUACCUAUAUAAUGUGUUGGCCUCUCUGUCACCGUACCGGACUCUGCUUUGUGGACACCUUGACAUACUUCCUUUCUUGGAGCAGUUAUAUCUCUGGGCCCCUCAAAUCCAGACGCAGCUUGGUGUGGAUUUUCUGGAGGUGCUGAGACAGACCUUUCCCCCAGAUACCUCAAUGAUGUCCCCAUCCAGCCAUACUUCCUGCAGACACCAGAAGAAGCUGAGAACACUGCCUUCUCAAGCUGCUCCAAGCCCACCAUGCCCUUUUGUCCAGGCUGAACAAGGGCAGGAGGAUAAGGAUGAGAAUGAGGAUGAAAACUGCGUGUACCCUGUGACCCUCCCUGAGUUACAGUGUGCUCUGGGCAUCGUGGGAGUGGAUGUGGCCCAAGAUGAAGCCUUCUGGAUGAAUGGGCUUGGUCUUUUGCCUUUGGCGUUAGCCACAGACAUCCCUGUGAAGUACAUCAGCAGUAAAGAGGAGGAAGAGGAGGAGUAUCCCCCAGGAAGGCUAUACACACCUCAGCUAUUAUCAUUAACUGUUACUGAAGAAAGGAGCUCUCGAAGGUCAAGUUCUGUCCACACACCUCAGACUAUUCUGCUAAAGAACCAAAUCAUUUCUCUUCUUCGGAGGACCAAAUACCUAACUCAGAUCCACUUCAUCUACCUCAAUUUGGCUGCUACUCGGCAUUUCAGGCCAUAUAGCCUGACAGUGGUGCCACAGAACCGGGCAAAACCAGAGCACUACAUCUUUUCUCCUUUUGGAGUCCUGCAUGUUCAUCCUGUGGAAGGCAGUGAAUUAAUAGCACUGGGUAUCUGGCACCGGCAUUCUGUGCUCUGGCAACAACUCCAAGACAUCCCUUUCUUCAAGCAUUAUCUUGUGAGGAAGGCCUUUAUUUGCUGGAGGAAGAAUGUUAAGUUGCAGGUGCUGAAGAAACGCCGGGAUUUCCUGAGGAACUACCUACUCUUUGCUAUACCCCACUUUGGGGUUUGUCUGCUCCACAUUAACAGGUUCCUGCAAGAGCUACACUCUGUUUCCUGGUUGCCCCAGGAAGAAAAUCGAUGUUACACACUUCCUGAGUUGCAACGAGCGCUGGCCAAGAUGAAUAGAGGGGCCUUGCGGGUGUUGCGACGUUGUCUCCGUUACUCUGCAGCUGUUCUCCAGCUGGUACAUGAAGACACAUAUCGGAUGCGGCAGGGCCUGCAAGAACGAGUGGAGAGCUUCUCUGAGUACAGUUCAGCAAAGGGCUCCAUGUACCGAAAGUGGUUUCGUCGGCAGCAACUAAUGCAGAAGCUGAACCGAGCUGAACUGUGGUGGCAGCUUUUGGGACGCCUCGCUCGCCUUGUUGAUUACAUGACCUGCCAGAAUCUUGUCUCUAUUUUGGAGAGUGAGCUGGUCACAUUUGUUACUUGUGUUCUACAGGCUCCAAGGCAGGUUGCCUUGCUGACAGGAAAGCUGGCCUUUGGUGAAGAUGGAAAGCUGCUUGUGGUGCCAAGUGCAGAGCAGAUAGCCCAGAGCUUAUCUGGGUGGUUGAAUGCUGUGGUGACCUCAACCGUAACGCUAUACUAUGUCAACCGGGUGGAACCUGUAAAUGACUGGAGAGGAACAGAACAGGCUAGAGACAGGGCCCAACCUAAUGAAGCUGUCAGAAUCUUUUGUGGCCCUGAGACAGAUAUGGUGCGUUCAUGGCACAAUGACCCCAGUGCUGGGCCUCUUGAGGUGUUUGGGCACAGAAUAAGAGCCCAGUAUGCCCCUCCUAGCCGAAUCCAGUUGCAGAACGAUUUGGACACCAAUGUUGGAAUCCAAAAGUCUUUGGCUAUCCAGAAAGCAUUAUUAGAGGAUAUGUUGCAGGAAGUGAACAAGUUCUGUCAGGAUCACAAAUGGCUCAGGAGCAUCCACCAAUUUCUGAAGAACUGGGGGCCCCAGAAGUUGGAGCCCAUGCAGAGCUGGCCUGCUGCGAGAUAUCUGAGGCUCCUCACCAAGCUGGAAUCCUGGCAGGGCCAAGUGCUUGGAGUGCCCACCAAAUUGCUCACUGAAAAUAUGCUACUGCAUCUCAGCUGUAACUGCGUGCAGACAGACAUUGUGUCACAGUUGAUUGAUGUCAAGAAGGACAUCCUGGAUCAGUUGAAUAGUGUGAGAUACAAUGAAAGUCAAGAACUCAUAAAAGAACUCUCAGAGUUUGUACAAGUCCUCCAAAACAUCAGUGCUGACAUCCAGACCAUUGCCAAGUGUUCCCAGAAGCUGACAGAGGCCAAUGAAAAGAGUGAAGACCUGGAGGACCGAGUCGAAUAUGUGCGUGGUCUCAAUAACCUUGUCCGAUCCCACUUUGACGAGUUAACCUAUGAUGAUGAGGGACUGGAGAUUGCGCUGCUAGAUAUGUGGGAGACCUUCCUCUUUGAGCGGCUCCAGGCCUCUGAGUUCCUACUCAGCAAGCAGAGCACCUUGGUGCCCCAGCUUCAGGAGAUGAUGGCAGCUUCCCUGAAAGAGAUGGAAGACCUGAGCACACAGGCUGUCACAGGUCCUUUCAUGGACCCCACCCAGGAGCAGCGCAGUACUGAGCGCCAACUUAUCAACAUGGAGCGGACAUAUGUCUCAAUUUCUGCUCACCUUGCUGAGCUACACCAUGCCUAUGUCAUCCUAAGUGGGGAUGAGAAGCCAAUGCCAGUGCCUGAAAGAGGGCCCCAGCCCAUCUUAUUGCAACAGCGAGUUUGGCGUCUCUUUUGUCUGAUCAGUGAGCAAAUUAGUGAAUGGAAGUGUCUGGCUUUUAAUAAGUUCAACACCUCUUUCGCCUGGGACAAGACAGAUCACUGGUUGACAGAGGCAGCCAAGCUAAGCAGGUUAUUUGCAGUGGCUAAUCCUAUAAUACAAGCCUGUAUGCACCAGCUGGAGGAAUUUCGGAGCUAUUUGCCAGUCCUGUCUAUGUUGGACAACCCCCAGUUGCAAGGCAGUGGCUGGCAGGCCAUUUUUCGAGCCAUGGGGGCAGGCUAUCCUGAAAACGUUGAACUUCUGACCUUGGGACAGCUGCUUUCCUACCCCCUACUAGAAUACCGAAACAGAAUUUGUCAGAUCUGGCUGAGUGAGAUUGAGCACUCCCAGACUCAGGAGAGUCUACGGAAGCUGCAACAGACUUGGGAGGGCCGACAGCUCCGUCUUCUCAACUUUAUCCUUUGUGUGCCCUAUGAACCCCCUCCCUCAGAGCGCUCCAAGAGACACUCGCACAACCGGGUCCAAGGACAGCAGCUGGAGAUAGUGGCCAAGGACAGCGGCACCUAUAUCCUGUCUGAUAUCAGUAGCCUGCAAGAUGGAAUUCAAGAAAGCCUGCAGAUACUACUCAAAAUCUUGAACUCCCAUUAUGUUGGGAAUAUCCAGGACCAAGCCCAGGAAUGGGUGACCAUUUUUCGGGGUCUACAUGCCUUGAUGGAGGUUUGGGUGGUUUUCCAACAGAAGUGGAUUUUUCUGAAUAAAGUUAUCUAUGAGAUGAAGAUCAACCUCCCUAGCCCAGAGCUGAAUAAAAGGUUCCAAGUGGUAGACUCUCAAUACCGAGAACUCAUGCAAAUUUCCAUGGAGGAUCCUCUGGUGCUAUCCCUUAUGGUGCCUAAUAGUUUACGAAAUUCCAGAUUCCAAGACCAACAGCUGCAGAAGCUUCUAGAGGCAGGCAACAUAGAACUGGAGUGUGUCAUCACAGCCCUAGAAACAGUGCUCUAUGGGGUCCGCUCUCGCUUCCCUCGCCUCUUUUUCCUCAGUGACAGGGAGCUAGUAGCCCUGAUGUCAGCCCCUCGGGAGUCAGGUGAGGCCCAACUAUGGGUACAACGCUGCUUCCCCAGUGUGCAAGCUGUGGUAUUUGGACCAUGUAGCAUCUCCCCGGGACACAGUGCCCUGGAGGUCAGAGAAGAGGCACAAUCAAUUCUAGGCACAUAUGGGGAGGUUUUGACCCUGCGUUCCCCCCUGCCCCUACAACAUGAUAUCCCCAAGUGGCUAACCUGCCUUGAACAAUGGAUACGUUCAGUCUUGGUACACGGACUGCCAGAAUGUGUGGCUGCUCGCCUGGCCCUGUGUCAUUCCUUGGACCUUGCCUUUGAGCACCCCCCAGACCCUGGGCAGCCCCCCCUGCAUCAACUUGGCCAUCAUUGGCUAGAGUUGGCCCAGGCCUUCCCAGUCCAGUGUGUGCUGGUAGCUGAGGAGGUGGCUUGGCGGACUCAGGUGGAAGAGGCAUUGCUGAACCAAAAAGCCCAUCUUCUUGGUCUCACACAACUCCGCAAGCUGGAGGCCCUGAGCCACUUUGCCCAAGAUCAACGGAAAGCCCAUGUUGGACACCCCCCUGCCUCUCCUCGAUUGUCCCUCCUGCUGAGCCUGUUGCUUACAGGGGCUAUAGCCCACCGGGACACAGCAUUACUUCUGCAACAGCAACAGGUCAGCGAGUUUAAAGACUUCCACUGGGCCCGCCAGUUCAAAUACUACUUGGGCCCUCGAAACAGCAGCCAAAGCCCAGAUUUUUCCAGCAAGUCACCUCAAGUUUGCUCACCCCACAAGAGCAAACCCGCAUGUUGGGUGGAUGUACUGGGGCAGCCCCUCCUAUAUAGUUAUGAGUACGUGGGCCCUGGCCAGAGACGAGUGGCCAACCUACUGCUUGAACGGCCUGCUCUGGGGCUGCUGUUGGCUCUGAAAGAGGUGGCCUGUGGGACCCUAUUAGGCCCCAUCGGUGUGGGCAAGUGUACCUUAGUGACCAGGCUGGCCUCUGCCCUAGGCCGCCACCUGGUGACACUGCACUGUGUAAUGCACAUUGAGGCCCGCUGCCUGGGUUCCUACCUGACUGGAGCCCUGCAGAGUGGGGCCUGGCUCCUGCUAAAAGCUGCAGGCUCACUACCGAUUGGCCUGCUCUCUGCUCUGGGCCAGCGCCUGGAUGAUCUGCGCCGUCUCUAUGUGCCUCUGCUACAGAGAGCUCCAGAAAUUUCUGAGGUGGAUCCCAUGCUGUCCCAGGUCCUAGGCAUCAGCUUCUUUGAAAAUCAUCGAGUUCAUGUGCGCCUUGGCUAUGGAUGCUUCUUAACACUCACCCAUCUGAGCUCUACGUUACCCACCAACCUGCGCUUCCUGCUUCGCCCCCUGGCCAUGGCACAGCCAGAUCUACGGAAGUUAACUGAAAUGACCCUGGUGGGUGCUGGACUCCGGGAUGCCAUGCACCUGGCAUCUCGUCUGGCCACAUUCUUCUCCUUAGAGCAGGAUCUAGAACCUGGGCUGCGGCCCAGUUGCCUCCCACUACUUACACAGGUGCUUGAGACUACCCUACAGUACUUGGAAACGCCCAAGGAUCAACAGGGCCCCCCACUUCCUCGAACCCAAGGUGCUGCAGAGGAGGCUGCUCUGCUUCAUGCCCUCCUCCACUCACCACUGUUCAGUGGUCCUGAGCGGCCCCGCCUCCAUAUCCUGCGCAGGCUGCUCUGUAGCAUCUUCUCAGGGGCAGGCAAUGUGCUGGCCACACCAUGGAUCAUGUCUCCACCAAAACUGGCAGAUGAAUUGCGGCAGAUUGGCCUAUAUGUUGGUCCUGAUUUCCUGGCCUCUCUGGAGCAGUUGAGCCAGGCCUUGAGGCAAGUACCUGGGAUCCUGCUUAUGGGUCCACCUGGCAGUGGCAAGAGCACAUGCUGGCAGAGCCUGGCUAAGGUCCAGAACCAGCUGGUAUCCAGGAACAAAGCUUAUAGAAACAUCAGGUCUGUGAAUAUCACCUCCCUAUACCCCAGCAGCCUCAGCCCAGAGGAGUUCCUAGGCUGGUUUGAGGAAUACUGUUGGUACCAUGGGGUCUUUUCCCAGCAGCUGUGGGCUGGCGUAAGCCAAUGUGAGAGAGACCCACAGGGAGUUCAGCACUGGCUGGUCUGUGAUGGAGUGCCUAGUGCCGCCUGGCUGGAUCCUAUUGCCUCCUUGUUAGGUAAUGCUGCUAAGCUUAGUCUGCCCAAUGGCCAACAAAUAUCUCGGCCACCAGACACCUGGCUCUUGCUAGAGGUGGUGAACACAGCUGGCAUGUCUCCUUUUGUAGUAGGAAGCUGUGCCCUGGUGUGGUGUGGAGGGCAUCAGACAUGGCAGGCUAUGCUUGCAACUCUAAUGACAGAACUGCCCCGAGAGUACUAUCUGCUCCCCCAAACCAUGGUUGAGUUGCAACAUCUAGCAGAUAUCCUAGUGCCCACCGUGCUUCGCUUCCUAAACCGCCAGGGUGCCAACUCUGUGCUCCAUGUCCACGGACAGCCAGUACCCAGCCCAGGUGUGGCAGAGAUCAACAGCAUGACUCACCUCCUUCGAGGGCUGCUUAACCCCUACCUGCACUACACAGAAGAGGAGCAAUACCACAUCAUCGAAAACCUGAGCCAUUCAAGCUCAAUGGUCCAAGACUUGGAGGGUACUCAGGGCAGCAUCUCUGCUGAGGGACUCCAGCAAGAUGUGGAGGGGGACAGAAGACGUCGGAACCAUUGGCUGGCUCUCAGUAGCUUCCUCUUGGCCUUUAUUUGGGGCUUUGGAUCCCACCUCCCAUCCAGGUAUUGGUCUCCCUUUGACAACUUUGUUAGGGGAAUUUUGAAGCACCACUCCGAAUACCCUGAGCUGCCCACCUCAGCCUCUGUGUUUGACUUACAUCUUUGCCCUGAGGAUGGAUCCUUGGUCCCCUUCACAGGCCUCUAUUUGAGCAACCGGAUCAAGGGAGCUUUGGGGACUUUUAACCUUUCACCACAGGCAGAGCGAAUACUGUAUGUGAUGGAUCUACUCUUGGCUGCGGGGCAUCCUGUGUUGCUAACUGGAGAGGUUGGCUCUGGAAAGUCGGCCUUUGUGGAAGUGCUAGUAGAGCCUAACCACCCAUGUGUGCAUAUCCCGAUCCACUUGGCUCUCACCACAAGCCAUCUCCGAAACCUUCUGAGUCAAGAGAUCCAGAAGCAGAGCCAAGGUUGGCCAGGAAAAAUCUUUCCCUCUAAGGGCUCUUUCCUUUUCCUGCUGGAAGACCUGCACAUGGCAGCAGCUGAUCCUACAAGGAAAUGUCAGCCUGUGCUGGAGACACUGCGUCAGGUCAUGAGUCAUAACACACUGUAUGCCAAUAACACGCUGGAGCUGGAGGCAGUGCCCACCACUUUCAACUGGCUGGCCACAGCCACAGCCGCCUGCUGCUCUGAGCUGCCUCUGUGCCCACGCUUUACCCGGCUCUUCACGGUAUUGUUGUUAAGCAAUUUAAACCGGGUGACCAUCUUAUCCAGGCACUGUGCAGGAGUCCAGUCCUGGCUUGAGCGCUUCCCCUCCCUGGAGAGAGAAGAGAUUGUGGCAAGGGCUCUGGUCACUGCCACAGUGGAUGCCUGGGAGGAAAUGCGGACCCAUUUCCCCCCGUCCCCCUGCCAGCCUCACUACCACUUCUCCCCACAUACGAUAGAACGUCUGCUCAGCAGCCUGCAGCUGCUGCACCCCCGCCCUCCAGUGCGCUUCUCGGAUCUGAACAGCCGGCUAGAGCAGCUGCGUCGCAUGUCGGGCCUCCGGGGUGCCCGCUUGACUGCUUUGGUGGCCAUUAGGACUAUAGUCCACCUCUGGCUGCAUGAGGCCCAACGCACGUUCAGCGACCGCCUGGUUACAGCCACAGAACAGGAGCGCUGUUUCCAGAUGCUGCUGGCUGUGGCGACCAAUGCUUUUAGUACAAGUAAUAGCUACAAGAGCAUUUGGGAACUUGGGGAGGUGAAGGAGGAGGAAAGGGGGCUAGUACCUGAGGUAGAAACUGAGGAGGAGUUGGCGCAAUGGGAAGACUACAGCAGCAGCGGAAGUGAAGAUGAGGGUGAACCAGGGACUAGAGACCUGCUGGCCUUGACCGUGGCUUGGCCUCCAUUGGGCCCUGGCUCCAAAUUCUUGGGCUUGACAACCUGGCCAGUACUACAGCCUUCCAAGGCCUCUUCCACAAGCAUCGAUGUAAAUGUGAGGCCUGAUAAUAUCUCCUCUCCAAAGCUAGAGAUAAAAGCUAAAAUCCGGUGGCAGAAAGCUUCGCACCUUAACUUCUCAGCCCCACUGCUGCUACCUGCUCUGCUGCUACUGCCCCAGGAACGGGUCAGUGAUCUGCUCUUCACACAGGAACUGUCACUGCUGCACACUACUGAGGAACCUCAACUUUACCUGCAGCAAACCUGGGAAGUCCUGGAAACUCAGCUGGCAGCUAAACUGCCAGAGUUGGGCCCAGGCCCCCGCCUUUCUUCAUGUCACCCUUUUGCCCAGCAUGUGGUCCGCUUGGUCCGGGUGUUGGCCAGUCCACACCAACAUGGGAUUUUGCUAUCACAUACCAGGGGGACAGGGAGACGAACUGCCCUGCAUCUAGCUACCCAACUUAGCAAGGCUGUCCUCUUUGAGCUGCCCUUGGAGCCUGAGGAGGCUAUGGUGAAGUGCCUCAAGAAAGCGAGCUGGCAUGCAGGGUUCCUCAAUGAGCCAGCAGCCCUGAUGGUGCCAGAGGGUGCAGAUUCCUCCAUUUUGAACCUCCUCUUGGGUCUCGUACAAGAAGGGUACUUCCCUGGCCAGUACUCAGACGAGGAGCUGAAAACCAUUGCCGAACAACUGCCCUUGGAGAAUACAACUGUCAAGAUGAGUUCCAAGAAGGAGGUGGUGCUACAGAGGUUCCGCCAGCUGGUGUGCAGUAACCUCCACCUAUUCAUCCUGAUGUCUGAUAGUUCUAGACCUCCUCAGAUCCGCCCCACCACCUUCCUGGCUCUCCUCGAUCUUACUUGUGCCAGCAUCGACUACUAUGAGCCCUGGAACCAGACUACCCUGAUCAGCCUGGCCCAGCAUUACCUAGAGGAUGCCUUUAACAGAAGCCUAGAUCUUAACUAUCCCCCGCUCCCAACUCUGCAGGCCUCUGUUGCCAAUAUGGCCAAAGUUAUAGCUCUGAUCCACCUGUCAGCCAGCAAAUACUACCAGCUCCUCUGCCCACUGCUGCCCUUAGCCACUCCCAAGACUUUUCUGGACUUCUUGGAUACCUUCUUGCUGCUGUACUUCCACCUAUCAAAUCGCACUCAGAACAAGAUCCAUCGGAUUCAGACAGCCCUAGGGAAACUGAACAUGGUGAUAGAGCAGAACAAUGCCCACAACCGCUGGGUGGAGAGCCUGGAGAAUGAGCUGCAAUGUGCCCAUGAGGACCUUGCUACUUGCCAGAAGCAGCUGGAGUUAGAUCGGAUCCAGUACCUUCAGUACCUGGCGGAUUGUCAGCAACAGGAGAUACUCAUCAACAAUCUUACCAAGCAGAGAGACACACUGCAGAGCCAGGAGGAGUCACUCGCUGAGCAGAUGGACCAUGCUUUCCUGGGGCCCCUAGCCCAGCUUAAGGUGGCUGAUAUGGAAGAGCUGCGCAGUUACCGGGCUCCACCUCCUUCUGUGGUGAUGGUGACUGAUGCACUCUGUGUCCUGUUCCACCGCCCUCCAGGAUGGGAAAGUGCCAAGCAGCUGCUGGGCAAAGAGGGCUUUUUUGAGGACCUUGUGUUCUUUAACAAAGAGACAGUAGGAGAAGCAGAGCUGCAGAGCCUGGGUAAGAUACUGGAAAACCCUAGCAUGAACGAGAAGGUGCUGAAGCACGUGAGCCAGGCUGCAGCAGGGCUAGCUUCCUGGCUGCGGGCUGUGUUGUGCUUCGGCUUGGCACAGCGCAAAGGAGUCCCCACAUCGGCCCUGCUGAGACAGGUGGAGAAUACCCUGAUGCAUGAACAGAUGCGCAUGGGCCGCUGUCAAAUGCAGGCAAAGGAGCUGCUACAACAAAACCACCUCCUGGCUCUUCAGGUUGAGCAGGCGAGGCAGUCCCACAACCUGCUGGCGGAACAGCUGUCUAGGGCAAUACAGGGCCGGGAAUCAAAGGGACAGGUGCAGGCUGCCCUGAUAACCCCCAUGAACGUGUGGUCUGUCCUUAUUCAGAAUCUGAAAGAGAAUUGUCAUACAGUACCUGGAGAUGCCCUGCUCUCUGCAGCUGCCAUCAACUACCUGGGCCCUUUCCCAUCGUCAAGGCGCCAAGAGAUCCUCGAUAAAUGGUUGGCACUGUGUUCAGGUCGCCAAAACCACCUGGACCCAGAUGAUGUGGCUUUGGAGCUGGAUCGAGAACAGAGCCUACCAAGAGAUGUGGAAGACUUCCAGAUACCCAUCCAAACACCCUUCGACCUCCUGUCGGUGCUGAGCUCUGAGACUGAGCAGCACCAGUGGGACCGGGACCUAAAGCCCCGCGCAGUGCCCACACGCCUGGCGGCACUCCUCCUUCGCAGCCCCACUCACAGGUCCACUCGACGAUGGCCCCUGAUCAUUGACCCUGAUGGCCAGGCCUCUCUCUGGUUGCUGUCCUUGAGCCAAAAGGAUAAUGAAGAUAUCCUAGAAAUGUCCCAGUACCUGGACAGACACAAGAGAGGGAACACCACUGAGAAGGCCAGAAAAGAUAAGGAAGAGAUAAAGGAGGACAAGGCAAAUUCUGGGGGGGAACAAGAAGAGAACACGUCUGCUCCAAACUUGUCCAAUUCUGUAGCUGUCUUCAGAAUGCUUUCAGCCAGUGACCCCAAUCUGGGAAGAGAACUGCUAGAAGCAGCUGCCAAUGGGGUGCCGGUGCUGCUGAGCAACGUGGAGCUGGGUCUGUGGUGUCCUGAGCUGCAGCGGCUCCUUCGGAGGGAGCAUCUGUGCCUCCCUGAAGUGCACCCUGGCUUCUGCCUGUACCUGAGCACCAAGCUGCGCCUCGAUACUUUGCCAACAGGUCUGAACUCAGAGACCCUGAAGGGUAUGAAUAUAAUAGACAUGCAUACGAUUCGGGAGGUGAUAGAGGAACAGCUUUUACAGGAGAUCAUAAGAGCUGAGAGGCCAGAGUUAGAGACAAGAUGGCAUAGUCUGGAACUCAACAUACUGAAUGCUUAUGAUCAGAUCGAGGCUACUGAGGAAAAGCUGCUGGGGCUCGUGUUAAACACGGAAACAGACCAACUAGGCCGAAACUAUUUUCUGCGGGACAUGCUGUGCCAACAGGCAGACCUCUAUCAGCAGAAGGCUUACCUAGAAGAGCUGAAGGAGAUGGAAGCCCAAGAGACUGAGAUCCGUAUACAUUACUGGCAUGUGGCUCGUCUGGGCACCACCGUGUCCCAGGCCAUGUCCCCUCUGCAGAAUUUGCACCCUAUUUACCCCACGGCCUUGGACAACUGUCUGACUGUGACACGCCGUACUCUGGCCAGCACUGACCACCAGCUACCACCGCAGCAUGGUGAAGACCUGGAUAGCCACCUUCGGGAGCUGGGAACACGGCUAACACGCCGGGUGCUAAGCAAUAUCCUGACCUCCCUGCAGCCCCACCAUGCACCCCUAGUAGGGGUCUUUGGUGCCCUGGCCUUGCUACAGCUAGCUGGGCAGGCACCUGCCCUGGAGAGGCUGGCACUCUGCCCUGGGCUAGCAGCCUCCCCAGUAGUGGACAAAUAUGUGCUGAGCUCAGAUGUCACCUGCCCUUCCUGGCUAGGGCCCAAGGCCUGGCAGGAAUGUGGACUCCUGGAGCUGCUGCCCCCCUUUGUAGGCCUGCGGGCUUCCCUGGCUGCCCACUCACGUGCCUGGCAGGAGUACCUGAGGUUGCCCUCCACAGUGGUGGGUCAAACACCAGUGCUUGGCACCACACCCCUGAGCUUACUUCAGAAGCUGGUGCUCUGGCGGGUGCUACAACCCGAGCGGCUAGCGAGUGCCUUUGCAGACUUUACCACCUGCCUCCUGGGACGGCCCCUGGCUGAGGAUAAGGAUCCAGCUAUCAACCCCUACAGGCUGAGCCGCCCCACCCGGCCUCUGAUUGUGCUGCUGCCCCCACCAGGCCACCCCACUGCCACCUCACACCCUUUGCCUUUCAUCUGGAAGCUGGCAUCUCAACAGGAGCAGGAGCAUCUGCAGGUCAUUGGACUGGGUUCUUCUCUAUGGGACUCUGCUCAGACUGUGGCUACAGCCCUGAGCCAAGCCAUGAGAAAGGGCCACUGGCUGGUGUUAGACAACUGCCAUCUGAUGUCUUCUUGGCCAUCGGAGCUCCUGGAAUCCUUGUUGGGGAUGUUAGAUGGGGCUCAGGUGACAUCAGAAGUUUUGCCACUGGUCUUGCACCAAUCCAUGUCCAGAGAAAAUCUAAUUAUAAAUAAGAAGUUCCGGCUAUGGCUUAUUUCCUCAUCUAAUGCAAUCAGCUCCCUUCCAGUGGUGGUGGUGCAGCACUCAGUUCCUGUGUUCUGGGAGCAGUCCUUGCACCUGGGCCACAUCCUGAUAUGCAGCCUACAGGAAAGAAAUGAGCCGGUCCUAGAUUUGCUGGAACAUUCUAAACCCUCAGUGUCCCUAACCCUGUCUGUGCCAGUGAUGUUCCUGCACAGCCUUCUACUGCACCGGCAGCUCUAUGGGCCCUGGCUUCAGGCCAAGUGUGGCAAAUGGAAUCAGAUGGUCGUGGAACAGGCUCUAAAAACACAGGAAUGGAUAUGGAAGAGGUUCAGUAAUCGCUGGGUGGCCCUGCAAGAGCUGAUUGGAACAAUUUUUUAUGGAGGACAUGUGGCUGAUCCCGAAGACCAGGCUACCAUAUUCAGCCUUGUCCAGGUCUGCUUGGACCCCAACAAUGAACUGAGACCCUGCAGCUUUACUCCACAGAAUCUGUUGGCUACCCUUACACCAUGUCCAGAUAUGUUGGAAUUACAGGCAGUAUCAGAGAUAGAGGCCCAAGCACACCUGAUACCUGCACUGCCUGAGCCUCGCAGUUGUGGACUAACUGAAGGCCCCCAGGCUUGGCUGUUAAAGAAACAGAGUCGGGCCCUUUUGGCUUCUCUACAUAAGGCCCAAGAUCCCUGGGGACCUUCAGGACUUCCUAGUGCCCGAACCCAGGCCCUUCAUCAGAUGGAGUAUCGACUAAAGCAUCGGGUAUCCCAGGCUAUCCGGAGGCUCAAAGCAUUACAGGCCAUGCUGGCCUUGUGUUCUCAUAGCCAGAAUCUUGGUUUGAACUCCUCUAAAGGGUUGCAGACCCUGGAAGGCUUCUUGGAAGAGGAGGGCACAGCAUUAGGUUUGCUACUGCCAGAGCUACAUAGUGACUUGUCCUGCCUGGAGAGCCAGCUGGCAGGGGGCCUUCCCUGCUCCUCCCCACGAUGUGAAGAAGUGGCUGCUGCUCUUUGGGCUGGCCGUGUCCCUCCACCCUGGCGGUGUCACAUGUCUGCUGGGCCCCAGCCACCUUGGCUCUGGCUGCACCAACUGUGGUGCCAGGGCCAGUUGCUAACCAGAUAUUUAAGCCUAUGUGGACAGCUAGGCGUGGGGGGGUUUGACCAACAGAAUCGCUCCUUUCACCUGUCUGCCUUCCGCCACCCCAGAGGGUUAUUGUUGGCUAUUCGCUGGGAGGCUAGCCAGAACUGGGCUUGCCCCUACACCAGUUCAAAUUUAAGGUCAAACUUGACCCUGCCAGCCCCAGCCCCAGUGGUGGUCCCCAUCGCAGCCUUGCUCCUGGUCCCCAAAGUGGCCCUCAAUCUAGCCUUGGUCCUGGUUCCCGAAGUGGGCCUCAAUCUAGCCUUGGUCCUGGCCCCCAAAGUGGUCCUCAAUCUAGCCUUGGUCCUGGCCCCCAAAGUGGCCCUCAAUCUAGCUCUGGUCCUGGUCUCCGAGGUGGUCCUCAACCCAGCCUUGGUCCUAGUCCUGAUGGUGGAAUGUGGACCAAAGCCAUUAGCUCCUGAGGGUGGACUUCUAAUAACAGGACUGCUUCUCUAUCAUGCUGAAUGGGAUCCCGAGGACAGGGCCCUGAAAGAUGGGCACUCAGGCAAGCCCAGCCCUCUGCCCCCUGUCAGUGUCAGACCCCAGUUCAACCGAGAGCCACCAUUGCCUUCCUCUCCUCUGCCUCUCUAUCUCUGUCCUGUCUACCUGGGGGGAGUCCUGGGCUCUUCACGGCUAGACCGUGCCCACCUCUUGCUACACCUGCCACUGCCUACCAAAUUGUCUCCUGCUACUUGUGUUCAGCGCAGGGUAUAUGUGUGUAGUCCACCCUUGAUUUAA